UUCAUUCGCCAUUUUUUCUUUGGUUCCUCGCGUUCAUUUCGCCCUUCCCAUUCCUCUCCACUGCGCUGCCAUCGUCUCGCGCCGGCCCCCCGUGGGGAACUAGAACUGACUCCCUCGAUCCCAGCGGCAGCGGCGGAAGCGAACGGUGACCGCGACCUCCCCUGAGGCUGCAUAUACUCGGAUCGGGUUUCACAUCUCCGGUUUUGGAUUGGUUGGUUGCCCGCGGCGAUGGGAGGAGAGCUGUGGUGGUAUCCAUAGGGGAUCCUCGGUUGCGUCCUUGUGCGAUGGCUUCGACCUCCGUUCCUGAGUUAACCGCGGACAAGAAAUGCGACAAAGCCAUCGCGGAUACGGCGGCACCACUUACUUCUCAGGGACACUCCGAAGAACCGACUGGGAAAGUCAGCACACUAGUGCCUGCUUUGCCGGUUGUAAUUGCAGCAGGCGAUGGGGCUGCAUCCAGUGGGGUGAUAGAAAACAGAAAUGGCAUGGACAAUUCUGCUGAUGGUUCUUUGAAGCGGGAUGACAGUGAAGGUGCUGAGAAGAGCUCGCUGCGGGGGAGCGUCAAGGAUAGCUCGGUGUCGGCUAAAUGCAGUGACAGGGCGAGCAGCCUGUCGAAAGCCAGUGGGAGCGCCAAGAUCAGCGGUCAACCUGCUGACAUGAUCGAGAGUGGCAAGAGUAGUCUCUAUCGGGCCAGUGGUGGAAGUGAUCUGAGUGAUGAGAGCACCUGCAGUAGCAUAUGCAGCAGUGUCAGCAAGCCUCACAAGUCAAACGACUCAAAGUGGGAAGCGAUUCAGGUUGUCCGAACCAAAGAAGGUUCUGUAGGUCUAGGUCAUUUCAGGCUGCUCAAGAGGCUCGGUUGUGGUGAUAUUGGCAGUGUGUACUUAUCAGAACUUAGUGGCACUAAAUGCUAUUUUGCCAUGAAGAUCAUGGACAAGGCGUCAUUAGCAACCCGCAAAAAGCUGCUUAGAGCGCAGACUGAAAGGGAGAUAUUGCAAUGCCUGGAUCAUCCUUUUCUUCCAACAUUGUACACUCACUUUGAGACGGAUAAGUUCUCAUGCUUGGUGAUGGAGUUCUGCCCUGGAGGUGACCUACAUACCCUAAGGCAAAAGCAGCCUGGCAAGUAUUUCCCUGAACAAGCUGCCAAGUUUUAUGUAGCAGAGGUGCUUCUUGCUCUGGAAUACCUGCACAUGCUUGGUAUCAUAUACCGUGACUUAAAGCCAGAGAAUGUUCUUGUGAGGGAAGAUGGACAUAUCAUGCUGUCGGAUUUCGAUUUAUCCCUCCGAUGUGCUGUGAGCCCUACUCUUCUCAGAUCUUCUAACCCCAGUGGGGAUAACCAAAAGGGCAACCCAGCUUACUGUGUGCAGCCUGUGUGCAUUGAGCCUGCCUGUAUGCAGCCUUCUUGUGUCACGACAACCACAUGCUUCUCUCCUCGCUUUUUCUCUUCCAAAUCCAAGGAGAAAAAAGAUAAAAAGGCAAAGGCAGACUUGGCAAAUCAGGUCAGACCACUUCCUGAGCUUGUUGCAGAGCCGACAGAUGCAAGGUCUAUGUCUUUUGUUGGCACCCAUGAGUACUUGGCACCUGAAAUUAUAAAGGGCGAGGGGCAUGGAAGUGCUGUAGACUGGUGGACAUUUGGCAUAUUCUUGUAUGAGCUUCUCUUCGGCAAGACACCAUUCAAAGGUUCUGGGAAUAGGGCGACAUUGUUCAACGUAGUUGGACAACCCUUAAGGUUCCCAGAAUCACCUGUAGUGAGUUUUGCUGCAAGGGAUCUUAUUAGGGGAUUGCUCAUCAAGGAACCUCAGCAUCGAUUAGCGUAUAAGCGUGGAGCCACAGAAAUAAAACAGCACCCGUUCUUUGAAGGUGUUAAUUGGGCAUUAAUCAGGUGUGCCACUCCACCUGAUAUCCCCAAGCCAGUUGAGAUCCCUCGUUCUGUAGCUUCAUCAAGCCAGAAGGCUACAUCAGCCGCUGAGAAAGGCUCAGAUUAUCUUGAAUUGGAGUUUUUUUAGUGGUCACGCAUGAUCUCCCAUGUGCAAGUUGUAAAGCUCUACCUUUUCCACUUAGACUUCUUUUUUUUAUGGGUUUUAAUAACUUUAUAUGUAGAUGCAUAUUGUCGUACGUAGUGCUGUUCUCUUCAGUUGAUUUCUCAGUUCAUUCCUUUAGAUGGGAUCCUCAAUCUGGUGGAGUCUGUAAUCCUUUAUUGGCUGCCGUUCACUAGAUUCUCUCAAUAACAUGGAAACAUUUUCGUUCAA